CAAGAUAAAGUCAAAACAGACGACUGCAUGUUGAGCAGUUUGCAUGCUGAUGCAUUGCCAUCGUCUUGCUUGGUCUCUUUCAUCGCACGCCACCUUCCGUAUCUGAUGCGUCGUCUGCCACACGGCAGAGCAAAUGUCGCUAUGACAGGAUCUAGUGCUCUUAGGUUAUUUCUUGCAAGCAGCUUCUUAUCUUUAAUGCCCCCUCGGUCCUCCCGAGGACGCGAUGUCUUUGCGGUCACAUCGUUUCCCACAAUCUUGAACCACUCUUUAAUAAAUCCCUCCAUGCAGAGGAGUUUACAAGCACAUAGCAAAAUGUUUGAAUGUAGGAUAUAAGUCAUAUCAACAAGAUGACGUUUCGCCACGUCCAGCUUCCCCCGGAGCUCGUCGAUCGCGACCAGGCGCUUCAGCAGGGGUUCGCUUCUGCUUAACUUCCUGCAUGGUCGCUACUUAGUGGCUUUAUCGAUUUAAAAUGCGUUUCUGAUCGUAGCUAAAGCCAGGAGGUGCCGAGUCGCCUACGAUUUCACAUUUCCUGGUGCCGGAUUUAUCAGAUUGCAGCAAUCGUUCACGCAAGACAUCUUGCAGCUCGCCGUGAUGUCUACGAAAAGGGUAUCGGUUUUGAGAAAGGAUUCUAAAAACGGGAAAAACCCGCUUCUGGAAAGGUGCCCUUCGACUAAUGAAUAUUUCGAUAUUGCAUUCAAGGUCAUGCUGCUGGGAGACUCCGCUGUGGGGAAGACAUGCUUCCUGGUCCAGUUUAAAGAUGGUACCUUUCUUGCCGGCAAUUUUAUUGCCACCGUGGGAAUUGACUAUAGGAACAAAGUGGUUACGGUGGAUAAUUUGAAGGUAAAAUUGCAGAUAUGGGACACGGCAGGACAGGAGAGGUUCCGCAGUGUUACCCAUGCCUACUACAGAGACGCCCAAGCUCUGCUUCUUUUGUAUGAUAUCACCAGCAAGUCUUCCUUUGACAACAUUAGGGCUUGGCUAACAGAAAUUCACGAAUACGCACAAAAGGAUGUGGUCAUCAUGUUGCUGGGCAACAAGUCCGAUAUGGUCCACGAAAGGGUCAUCAAGCAGGAGGAAGGACAAAGACUUGCCAGGGAAUAUGGAGUUCCCUUUAUGGAGACAAGUGCCAAGACUGGAAUCAAUGUGGAACUGGCCUUCCUAGCAGUGGCCAAGGAGCUGAAGCAGAGGGUAAGCCAGCAGCCCAACGAGCCCAAGUUCCAGAUUCACGACUACAUCGAAUCUCAGAAGCAGAAGUCGGGGUGCUGUGGCUUCAUGUAGAGCCGCCCCGGGAUGGCCUCGCUCGAGUGGGCCUGGGGGAACUGGAGGACUGCCGGGAAGGGCCUGUGCCACCAUAAGGACAGACGUUCAGAUGGGGUUGGGGGGCAGCUUUGCCGGUGUGGCUCAAGCAGGGGAGGGGGGGGGGUGUCACCUGCUUGCUCCCUAGUCUGGUCUGACACAUUAUGGAUGUGAGAGAUUGCAGUGCAUGAUCCUGUGUCUGCCUGACCCCCCCGUAAUGCAGACACGGGGAGCAUGCCAUACUGCUACCUGAUUCACUAAGAAUUUAUCUGAAUAAAUCUUGGGCUUAAUUUGCCAAGUAAGAUGGAUGUGGUCACCAGCCAGAAAGUAUUAUUAAUAGGUUUUGUAAUUUGUUGUAUUUAGAGGAAAAAGUUUUUCAUCUUUUUCUUCGAGAAUGCACUCUUACACAACCUGAAUUUGAUAAACACCCACCUCUCUUGAGUUGCCACACAUUAGAGAUUCAUAUUUGCUUUACAGUGAACUUGCAAAUGAAGAAUACCAGUGACCCAUAACGUGUUAGUCAUUGUUUUCGCCACACAUGUUCAUCAGCUAAAACUGUAUUGCUGAUUUUCGUAAUGCACACAAUUCUUUUGCCUGAGCUUGUAAGAUGGAGAUUAAAUGAAAGUGGCUUGUCUUUGUUGAAACGGUUUUCUUUUGUUUUACAGUUGUAGAUUCGUAUUGUAGUUGUUUGUGGUAAGAAGCUACAUUCAUAUUACGCUAAUUUUAACACAUUCUGUUGUUUAACAAUGAAAAUUAUAGAGUAACAUCCAGUGUGCCAGUAUGACAGGACCUGGUACACUGAUGGUGCCAAAGAAAUCCUACAGUAACUGAGGAGAAACAUAAGUAAAAAUAUUAAGUACCUGUAAAAUUCUAGUUUGAAACAUGCAUAUUUCAGUUCGAGCAUCAUGUUUUUUUCCCUUCAGGAUUUUUUUUUCUUAUUAACAUAGCAUGUUCGAAACCCAUUUUUAUAAAUCAGUUGCAUAUUUAAAAUUUACCAUACAUUUAUGUAUAUGAUUGAAACUGAUUCACCUUUGAAAUUAUGUUCCGUUAAACCUUUUGACAACGUUGGGGGUGUAGGUGUGCCCUUGUUUUCAUUUUAAUUAUGUAUUAAUCCUGUUCCUGCAAUAGUUCAUCCCUGUUCAGUUCACUGGAGCCCAGGUUUCCAAUUACAUAUGACAAUGACAAGAAAUGUUUACAAAGCUCUAUGAGAAACAGAUUUAUAUUUUAUUAACAUCUGUUUUUCAUUGAGACUGAUAUAGGUAUCUGCCUUGUUAUGUACUCUUUUACCUGUGAGUUUAUGCUGGUGGUUCUCAGGUAUUUGAAUGUCAUUGACCUAUAGAGCGUGAUCUGUAUGUAUCUCCCACUGCUCCCAGUGCACUACUGCACAGUGGGAACCGUUAAGUGGUGGCAUGAACACCAAGUAAUUUUCAUGUAUUUUGUGCUAUUAAAAUAUUGGCCAUUACUA